AUGGCGAGUUGCUCCUUCGCUCGCGACCAAGCGACAAGGAGACGGCGAGCUGCAGCAGCGGCAAGAGCGGCAGCUGUAGCUGAGGUGGCGACCACCCCACUUCUUUCCUCGGGAACCCCGACCGCACUCAUUGGGACCGGGUCGUCUUGUCCGGGAGCCAUGUGGCUCUCCACGGCCACUGGCUCCCGGUCAGACUCCGAGUCCGAUGAGGAGGACCUCCCCAUCGGGGACGAAGUCUGCAAACGCGGCUACCUGCGGAAGCAGAAGCAUGGCCACAGGCGCUACUUCGUGCUCAAACUGGAGACCGCCGACGCCCCAGCUCGGCUGGAAUACUACGAAAAUGCCAGGAAGUUCCGGCACAGUGUCCGCGCCGCGGCGGCUGCAGCAGCGGCGGCUGCCUCUGGCGCCGCGGUCCCCGCGCUCAUCCCACCGCGGCGCGUUAUCACCCUGUACCAGUGCUUCUCGGUGAGCCAGCGAGCCGACGCGAGGUACCGACACCUCAUCGCUCUUUUCACCCAGGACGAGUACUUCGCGAUGGUGGCCGAGAACGAGUCGGAGCAAGAGAGCUGGUACUUGCUGCUCAGCCGCCUCAUCCUCGAGAGCAAGCGCCGCCGCUGCGGCACGCCCGGCGCGCAGCCGGAUGGAGAGCCAGCCGCACUGGCGGCUGCAGCGGCGGCGGAGCCACCCUUCUACAAAGAUGUGUGGCAGGUAAUAGUCAAACCCAGGGGGCUGGGGCACAGAAAAGAGCUGAGCGGCGUGUUCCGGCUCUGUCUUACCGACGAGGAGGUUGUGUUUGUGAGGCUAAAUACCGAAGUGGCCAGCGUGGUCGUCCAGCUCCUGAGCAUCCGGCGCUGCGGGCACUCGGAGCAGUAUUUCUUCUUGGAAGUCGGCAGGUCCACCGUCAUCGGUCCGGGGGAGCUCUGGAUGCAGGUCGAUGACUGUGUGGUGGCCCAAAACAUGCACGAGCUGUUUUUGGAGAAGAUGAGAGCCUUGUGUGCAGACGAAUACAGAGCCCGCUGCCGCAGCUACAGCAUCAGUAUCGGCGCCCACCUGUUAACCCUGCUGUCCACUAGGAGGCACCUGGACAUGCUGCCGCUCGAGCCCGGCGGCUGGCUCAGAAGGUCCCGCUUUGAGCAGUUUUGCCACCUCAGGGCCAUCGGUGACGGGGAAGACGAGAUGCUCCUCGCCAGGCGCUACAUAACACCCAGUGAGCCUGUGCCCACCUCCAGGCGAGGAAGACUGCACCUGCCCAGAGCGCGGAGAUCCAGGAGAGCGAUUUCAGUGCCAGCCAGCUUUUUUCGCCGCGUAGCACCCAGCCCCGUGCGUGGCCCGCACCCUGCAGAAGCCCCCAACGAGGGAGCUUGCCUGUCUUCUGAAGCACCUGGUUCCGGCUCUGGCAACUCUGGGGAAGAAGGCAACCCUCAGGGCAAAGAGGAUCAGGAAGGAAACGGAGGCGACUAUAUGCCCAUGAACAACUGGGGCUCCGGAAACAGCCGGGGCUCCGGAGGUGGCCAGGGCUCAAGUGGCCAAGGCUCCAGUAGCCAGAGCUCUGGAGGAAGCCAGUGCUCGGGCAGGGGGCACGGCUCCGGAGGUGGCCAGGGCUCAAGUGGCAGCCAGGGCUCAAGUGGCCAGGGCUCCGGGGGCCAGGGUGCAGGAGGAAACCAGUGCUCAGGAGAUGGCCAGGGCACCUCAGGUGGGCAUGGCUCAGGCAGUGGCCAGGGAGCUGGAGGUGGGCACGGCUCAGGCCGUGGCCAAGGACCCGGAGAUGGCCAUGGCUCAGGCAGGGGCAAGAACUCUGGAGGGGGCAAAGGCUCAGGAAGUGGGAAAGGCUCCGAAGGCAAUGGUGAUCAUGGGAAAUCUCUGAAGAAAAGAUCCUACUUUGGCAGAUUAACUCAAAGCAAGCAACAGCAAAUGCCACCACCUCCACCACCUCCACCUCCACCCCCGCCAGCUGCAGCAACUGGUGGAAAAGGAAAGUCUGGGGGAAGGUUCCGACUUUAUUUUUGUGCUGACAGAGGAGCCACAAAAGAACCCACAGAAGCCAAAGAAGUUAAAGACACAGAGACCCCAGAAGGUGCAGCUCGGGGUCCCCACAGAGCCAGAGCUUUUGAUGAAGAUGAGGAUGACCCAUACGUGCCAAUGAGGCCAGGGGGGGCUGCCCCUCUCUCAAGCUCCAGUGAUUACAUGCCAAUGGCUCCUCAAACUGUCUCUGUGUCAAAAAAGCGCCACUCUCGAUCACCUUUCGAAGAUUCAAGAGGGUACAUGAUGAUGUUUCCCAGAGUGAGCCCACCACCUGCACCAAGUCCUCCAAAAGCACCUGAUCCUGACAAAGAGGAUGACUCAAAGGACAAUGACAGUGACAGUGACUACAUGUUUAUGGCUCCUGGAGCUGGCGCAAUUCCAAAAAACCCCAGAAAUCCUCAGGGAGGCUCUUCCUCCAAAAGUUGGAGCUCCUACUUCUCUCUGCCACAUGCUUUUCGGAGCUCCCCGUUGGGGCAGAGUGACCACAGUGAGUAUGUACCAAUGUUACCUGGAAAAUUCCUGGGGAAGGGCCUAGACAAAGAAGCCUCAUCUAACAGAGGCCCCAAAGAUGUAACUUCAAAGCCUUCAGUUGAGGGGUCAUUCUCAAAGCCUAGAGAUGAGGGAUCACCUUCCAAGCGUUCAGGGGAUGCGCCCCCCAAGAACAAGACUAAGAGACCUAAUCGACUUUCUUUUAUUACAAAAGGAAAUAAAAUCAAGCCAAAACCACAAAAGCCCACACAUGAGCGGAAAGAAGCCGACAGCGCUCGUGGCUACAUCAACAUUGACUUCCCUAAAAGAGGUAGCAAUAUGCCAGCUCCCUGUAUUCAGAGACUGCCAGGUUUGUGGGGCAUAAUUGCCGACCCCAGACAGUUCGCCUUUUCGAAUUACGUGAAUGUUGAGUUCGGAGUGCCAUUUCCAAAUCCAGCAAACGACCUCUCAGAUCUUUUAAGAGCUAUUCCAGGUGCCAACCCCUUCUCUCUGGACGGUGCUAGGUGGCCACUUCCGCCUCUUCCUCCCAGUGCUACAGGUAACAGUGCUAAUGAGGAAGAAGGCGACUACAUUGAAGUGAUUUUCAACCCAGCAAUGACCCCGGCCGUGCCUUUUUCUGACAGUGCCAUUCGCUACGAUGCUGAAACGGGGCGCAUCUACGUGGUCGACCCAUUUUCUGAGUGCUGUAUGGACAUUUCUCUCUCCCCCAGCCGCUGCUCUGAACCACCACCUGUAGGGAGGCUGCUGCUGGAAGAAGAGCUCGAGAGUAGACGCCCACAAAGCCGUUCGCAAAGUUUCUUUGCAGCUGCCAGAGCCGCCGUCUCUGCUUUCCCGACCGACAGCCUCGAGAGAGACCUCUCCGCCUCUUUAGCCGCGGCCGCGGCAGCCGCGCCAACCUUAGCCGUGAGCCGGGCUUUAGCCGCCGCCUCCGCCCUGGUCGCUGCCCCGGGCAUCGGCGCAGCCGCCGCGGACCUCGAGGCCGCCGCGGGAUCUGACUCCGCCUCCGUCCGCUGGUUCCAACCUGCUGCUAAUGCUGCUGGUGCCGAAGCGGUAAGAGGCGCCCAAGACGUUGCGGGUGGCUCGAACCCCAGAGCGCAGAACCCAUCGGCAGACCUUGCCGGAGGUAACAACAGAGCCGGCGGGGCUGCCGCUGCAGCCGCCGCUCCCCCUCCAUCACCUGGCCGCGGCCGGGCGCCGAGACCCCCGGAGCAAGAAGAUUCUGACGACGACGACACGUACGUGAGAAUGGACUUUGCCAGACCUGACAACGAGAAGUUCGACUCUCCCCAAAGAGGUUGGUAA